GCUACGCCCAUCGAUCAAAGCUUGCGCCUUUGCCUGGGCUGUUGUGUUGUUACGUCUUCGGUCGGGAACACGGCGCUCAGACUGACCUGAGAGUGAUGUUUGGAAUAGCAAGGUCGUUCAUACCAACCUCCCUGCCCAAAGGAUAGUUACAGUGGCUUUCUUGACCUUUCGACGUAGGCGACGACUAGCUGCAGCGCUACUACACCACUCAACGAUGCAUGGAAGCGAUCUAGAGAACCGACCGGAAAGCAAUGAAAGAAUACCACGAUGGAGCCUUGGUGUGCUCAACCCAAAGGACACAGUCGACGUUCCAGGCACCGUCCUCCUUCUCGUCGGCCUCUCUUCCCAACCAAAACCCGACACUCACUCGGAUGACCUUAAUCCCCCCUCCCCUCCCGAAGAACCCAACCAAACCUCCUCUCCUCCACGCGACGAUGACCCCCCAAAUACCACCCCCACUGGCAUCCUCCUAGCCCCUCAACCCCUCCCCCAUGACGACCUCAGCUGGCCCCCCUGGCGCCGCAACCUCGCCCUCCUCACAAUAGGCCUCUACUCCCUCCUCGGCGGUGGAACAACCCCCCUCCUCGCAGCAGGCUUCACCAACAUCUCCCAAAUCUUCUCCAUCCCCCUCCACCGCAUCUCCCUCACUACCGGCCUCGUAAUGCUCGGCCUCGGUAUCGGCUGUCUCCUCGCCUCCCCCACGGCGAUACUCUACGGGAAACGUCUCGUUUACCUAGCCGGCUCCCUCAUUUUUCUCCUGACAUGUGUCUGGUGCGCGUUAAGUCCGACGUUUGAGAGUUUAUUGCUUGCACGGUUUGUGCAAAGGGGUGACAAUCAGUCCUAUGGAGGCGCUGCCGAUCGCGACGAUAACGGAGUUGUUCUUUUUGCAUGA